GUGACGGUGGGGACGGCUGGCGGGCAGCGGCCGGAGGGCCCGCGCAGGUGCGGGGAGGGGGCGCGGCCCGAACUGCGCGCGCUCCCGCCCGCGCCCGCGCCCCGCCCCCGUGGGAGGAGCCUGUGAGGCCCCGCCCCGCCCCUCGCCUGAGGCCGCUCGGCUCAGCGUCGGCCCCCGCCCCCGCCCCCGCCGGUUAAAUGGGCCAGCGGGGCGCAGCCCCCGGAAACGGCCCGGAACUGCAGGCUCGCGAGAGACCGGCGGCGGCACGGCGCAGAGAGCACCAUGUCGGAGCAAAUGAACCUGAGUCGGACCCAGGUGUGCGGGAUCCUGCGGGAGGAGCUGCACCAGGGCAAUGCCUUCCACCAGUCGGACACGCACAUCUUUAUCAUCAUGGGGGCAUCGGGUGACCUGGCCAAGAAGAAGAUCUACCCCACGCUCUGGUGGCUCUUCCGCGAUGGCCUGCUGCCUGAAGACACCUUUGUGGUGGGCUUCGCCCGCUCCUCGCUCACAGUGGAGCAGAUCCGCCAGCAGAGUGAACCCUACUUCAAGGCCGCCCCCGACGAGAAGGCCAAACUGGAGGAGUUCUUUGCCCGCAACUCCUACGUGGCCGGCCAGUAUGCCGACAGGGCCUCCUACGAGCGCCUGGACGACCACAUGCGUGAGCUGCAGCAGGGGCCUCAGUCCAACCGCCUCUUCUACCUGGCGCUGCCGCCCACCGUCUACCAGGCCGUCACCAAGAACAUCCGCGACACCUGCAUGAGCCAGACAGGCUGGAACCGCAUCAUCGUGGAAAAGCCAUUCGGGAGGGACCUACAGAGCUCGGACCAGCUGUCCAACCACAUCUCGUCCCUCUUCCACGAGGAUCAGAUCUACCGCAUCGACCACUACCUGGGCAAGGAGAUGGUGCAGAACCUCAUGGUGCUCAGGUUCGCCAACAGGAUCUUUGGCCCCAUUUGGAACCGAGACAACAUCGCCUGUGUCAUCCUCACCUUCAAAGAGCCCUUCGGCACGGAAGGCCGUGGCGGCUACUUCAAUGAAUUUGGGAUCAUCCGGGACGUGAUGCAGAACCACUUGCUGCAGAUGCUGUGUCUGGUGGCCAUGGAGAAGCCCACCUCCACCCACUCCGAUGACGUCCGUGACGAGAAGGUCAAGGUGUUGAAAUGCAUCUCCGAGGUGCGGGCAGAGAACGUGGUUCUGGGGCAGUACGUGGGGAACCCCGACGGCAAGGGUGAGGCCGCCAAGGGGUAUCUGGACGACCCUACGGUGCCAAGCGGCUCCACCACGGCCACCUUCGCAGCCGUGGUCCUCUACGUGGAGAACGAGCGGUGGGAAGGGGUGCCCUUCAUCCUGCGCUGUGGCAAAGCCCUGAACGAGCGCAAGGCCGAGGUGCGGCUGCAGUUCCGAGAUGUGGCGGGCGACAUCUUCCGGCAGCAGUGCAAGCGCAACGAGCUGGUCAUCCGCGUGCAGCCCAACGAGGCGGUGUACACCAAGAUGAUGACCAAGAAGCCGGGCAUGCACUUCAACCCCGAGGAGUCAGAGCUCGACCUCACCUAUGGCAACAGAUACAAGAAUGUCAAGCUCCCGGAUGCCUACGAGCGCCUCAUCCUGGAUGUUUUCUGUGGGAGCCAGAUGCACUUUGUGCGCAGUGACGAGCUCCGAGAGGCCUGGCGGAUCUUCACGCCACUGCUGCACAGAAUUGAGCAGGAGAAGGCUCCACCCAUCCCCUAUGUCUACGGCAGCCGCGGGCCCCAAGAAGCGGAUGAGCUGAUGAAGAGAGUGGGCUUCCAGUACGAGGGCACCUACAAGUGGGUGAACCCCCACAAGCUCUGAGCCUGGCUGGCCGGCCAGCCAGUGUCCCUCCUGUCUGCAUCGCCGCCCGCUGCCCCCCCCCCCGCAGGACCACAGCCACAUUCCCACCCCACCCCCUUCAGGGCCAGCUACAUUCCUCAGCCAGCAGCACUCCAGCCGUCCCCAGGGGGGAAAGGAGGUGGCCCUCCCCAUCCUGGGUUCUCACGUAACACAGGAGGGUGAGAAGCGGGCAGCCCCUCGGAACUCUGGGAGAAGGGACAGGCUAGCACAUGGCACCAGCCUAGGUGCCUCUUCCAUUCCAGCAACACCCCUCCCCCAGGUCUCAGGUCCCCGAGAGGCCACGCCCCUUCCGCCCCCACUCUGCACUCCACUCACUCCUCCCACGCAGCAGGUGUCAUUAAAAGCAGGACAGACCA